GUCAGCGCCGGGGGCGCCGUGGGGUCCUGCCGGAGGGCUGGCUCCGGGGAGGUGCGGCGGCGUGGCGUCUCUGCCUGACGGUCCCCGUACGCACCGCGGGGUCCAGGCUGACCCCACCUGCGCGGUGGACCCUGCCUUAGGCUUCUGGACCGAAGCCGGCGUAGCGUGGGCCGGGCGGGCUGGGCAGCAGGUGGAGGAUGUCGGGGGCCGGUGGGCUCCGCGCCCGGGCUGGAGGGAGGGGCCGGUCCCGGGGCGCAUCUCUGCUCGCUAGGGGUUCCAGCAGCAUCGGGCUGCGUCCCUGACUCUCUAGCCAGGAAUCCCCGUCAGAAGCUCCAGCCUGCCGCUGUUUUCUGAUGCCAUGCCAGCACCAACUCAGCUGUUCUUCCCCCUGAUCCGGAACUGUGAACUGAGCCGAAUCUAUGGCACCGCGUGUUACUGCCACCACAGACAUCUGUGCUGCUCGUCUCCAUACCUGGCACAGAGCCGCCUGAGAUGCACGCCACCCCCGGCGUACGCUACUUUCUGCCGGCCAAAGGAGGGCUGGUGGCAGCACACUCAAGGACGGAGAUACGCUUCCACGCCGCAGAAAUUUUACCUCACCCCUCCGCAGGUCAACAGCAUCCUGAAAGCAAAUGAAUACAGUUUCAAAGUGCCAGAAUUUGAUGGCAAAAAUGUCAGUUCAGUCCUUGGAUUUGACAGCAAUCAGCUGCCCGCAAAUGCCCCCAUCGAGGACCGGAGAAGCGCAGCCACCUGCUUGCAGACCAGAGGGAUGCUCUUGGGGGUUUUCGACGGCCAUGCAGGCUGCGCUUGUUCCCAGGCAGUCAGUGAGAGACUCUUCUAUUAUAUUGCCGUCUCUUUGUUACCCCAUGAGACUUUGCUAGAGAUUGAAAAUGCAGUAGAGAGUGGUCGGGCCCUGCUGCCCAUUCUCCAGUGGCACAAGCACCCCAAUGAUUACUUCAGUAAGGAGGCAUCCAAAUUGUAUUUCAACAGCUUGAGGACUUACUGGCAAGAACUUAUAGACCUCAACACUGGGGAGUCUACUGAUAUCGAUGUCAAAGAGGCUUUAAUUAACGCUUUCAAGAGGCUUGACAAUGACAUCUCUUUGGAGGCUCAAGUUGGUGAUCCCAAUUCUUUCCUCAAUUACCUGGUGCUUCGAGUGGCAUUUUCUGGGGCCACUGCUUGUGUGGCCCACGUGGAUGGUGUUGACCUUCAUGUGGCCAAUACCGGUGAUAGCAGAGCCAUGCUGGGUGUGCAGGAAGAGGAUGGCUCCUGGUCAGCAGUCACUCUCUCCAAUGACCACAAUGCACAGAACGAAAGAGAACUGGAACGGCUGAAACUGGAACACCCAAAGAAUGAGGCCAAGAGUGUGGUGAAACAGGAUCGGCUGCUCGGCUUGCUGAUGCCUUUUAGGGCUUUUGGAGAUGUAAAGUUCAAAUGGAGCAUUGACCUUCAAAAGAGGGUGAUAGAAUCAGGCCCAGACCAGUUGAAUGACAAUGAAUAUACCAAGUUUAUCCCUCCUAAUUACUACACGCCUCCUUAUCUCACUGCUGAGCCAGAGGUAACUUACCACCGACUGAGGCCACAGGAUAAGUUUCUAGUGUUGGCCACUGAUGGGCUGUGGGAGACGAUGCAUAGGCAGGAUGUGGUUAGGAUUGUGGGUGAGUACCUGACUGGCAUGCAUCACCAGCAGCCCAUAGCUGUUGGCGGCUACAAGGUGACUCUAGGACAGAUGCAUGGCCUUUUAACAGAGAGGAGAGCCAAGAUGUCCUCGGUAUUUGAGGACCAGAAUGCAGCAACCCAUCUCAUUCGUCAUGCGGUAGGCAACAACGAGUUUGGGACUGUUGAUCACGAGCGUCUCUCCAAAAUGCUUAGUCUUCCUGAGGAGCUUGCUCGGAUGUACAGAGACGACAUUACAAUCAUUGUGGUUCAGUUCAAUUCGCAUGUUGUAGGGGCAUAUCAAAACCAAGACUAGUGAGUGGCUCUUACCCUGGCAGUUCUCAAAUGAAACAGAUUUCAAUGGCAGAUAGAUUUGAAAAAUUACUAGGAUAAUAAA